AUGGUCACCGCGACACGCCGCUCUAUACUUUCCCAGCCAGACGACUCUCCGUCACGGAGUAGCUUCCCCGUCACCAAUGGCAAAAGAAAGACUACUUUACGCUCUACGGAGGUGCUACUUGAGCCCACGCCAAAGCGGCGGCGAGGUCAGAUCCGUGAAGGGACAGAUUCUCAAGCUAGCACCCCACAACCUAGUGAAUCAACGAAAGUACGGUAUGAAGUGCUGCAGGCAGUAGAGAUAAGAUCAUCCCAGAGCCGGUCGGCAACGCGAGAGUCCUCACUUACUACCUCUGUGCCCUUGUUAAAGAAAGGAGCUACCUCCCCCAGUGCUAUCUCGAAAUCAAUGGCUGCUCACGUGCGUUUUGGCAGUCAAGAGCCAGAACCGGAGCUUGACCGUGAGCCAGAGCCCGCUGUCAUGGAAGAUCAUCCGAAAUCCCAGAAUCAAGAGGAUGGAGAAAGCGACGACGAUGAUGCCCCUGAAGCUAUCAGUAACACCAACCAACUUCAGAAGUUAAAAGAGUUCGAACGAAAGCGAGUGGAGGCAAAACAAAGGCAAGAACAAAGCAAAAAAGAAAAACGACGGGAACACGAGAAUAGACUAAAGAUGCAGGCGAAGCCCAAGUCAACUCCAGAAUUGUUCAAGACCCCAAGUAAACUGCCACAUAGGCCAAAGCAAGGAGAUGUUCACUCCGAAAGCUCAGCGACACUCCAAGGCUCAGUGGUCAAAGCGCCCGAAUCACCACCUCUAUUUUCGCUACCCAGAUUGCUCCCAGAUGAGAUAUUACUGGCGGAGCCAUCUAUCCGACCUCCCACCCCUCCAAGAGACAUCAAGGAGCAAUCAGCAAUGCCAAAGGCGUCAGGGAAUAAAAUUAGGUUUUUUGAUACGGUGACUAAACCGCCAAAGGACAUCAAGGUUGGUGGAGCAUCAAUUCGAGUCCUUGGAGAUUCCCAGAACCCUGCAAGCAAUCACAACCUGCACAAUGCCCUUCCUCCAAAGGCGUCAAAGAAGGGUCGCCUUGUUCGAGAAAACUGGAUUGCAGGCAAUCGAAGUGGCGCUGUGGCUUUACACCACGGCUUGAGAAGGACCGCUGGGGGAACCUCUGGGUUCUUGCGAAAAUGA